GCCGGCGCCAGGCCCCGCCUCUCCCCGCAGGCUGCUCGGCGGCGGGCCGGGGCGGGCGGAGCCGGCGGCCGGAGCCAUGAGCGCCCACCGCAGCGAGAGCGACUGGCAGGGGCUGGUGAGCGAGUAUCUGGUGUGCAAGAGGAAGCUCGAAAGUAAAAAGGAGGCAUUGCUAAUCCUUUCCAAAGAGCUGGACACUUGUCAACAGGAAAGAGACCAGUACAAGCUCAUGGCCAAUCAGUUGCGGGAACGACACCAGUCUUUGAAAAAGAAGUACCGGGAGCUGAUUGAUGGGGAUCCAUCCCUUCCCCCUGAAAAGAGGAAACAGGCAAAUCUUACUCAACUACUGAGUGAGGCUCAAGAUCGAAAUAAGCAUCUUGGAGAAGAGAUUAGGGAGCUUCAGCAGAGACUGGGAGAAGUACAAGGGGACAAUAAGCUCCUGCGAAUGACAAUAGCAAAGCAAAGACUUGGAGAUGAUGAAGUUGGGGCUCGCCACUUUGCAGCACAUGAACGUGAGGAUCUUGUUCAACAGUUGGAGAAGGCUCGAGAACAAAUCGAGACUCUGAGACAUGAUCUUCAAGCUGCACUGGAUGAGUUACAGGAUGUUAAAGAAGAACGCUCUUUUUACCAAGAUAAAUCUGAUAGACUAAACCAAGAACUUAAUCAUGUCUUAGGAGGACAUGAGAAUCGUAUCAUCGACAUAGAUGCUCUGUGCAUGGAGAACAGGUAUCUUCAAGAGAGAUUAAAGCAACUUCAAGAGGAAGUCAACCUUCUUAAGUCUAAUAUUACUAAAUAUAAGAAUGCACUAGAGAGACGAAAAAAUUCAAAGACUCACGGCAGAUCCAGUAGCAGUGCUCUGACUGGAGUCCUGUCUGCAAAGCAAGUCCAAGAGUUGUUGUCAGAGGAUCAUGGAUGUAGCCUUCCAGCCACGCCGCAGUCCAUUUCAGAUCUCAAAUCACUGGCCACUGCAUUGUUGGAAACGAUCCAUGAAAAAAACAUGGUCAUACAACACCAAAGGCAAACGAACAAAAUUCUAGGUAAUCGAGUGGCAGAACUUGAAAAGAAGUUAAGAACUUUGGAAAUUGCUGGUCUGUGGAGUCUUCCAGGUGGAAAGGAUACCAUAACGUUCAGCGACCCAACCUUGCCUGUUAUACAGCGGUCUAGGUCACCAUUGUUAGCAUUUACUGAUAAGCCACAGCAAACUGAAGUACAAGAACAGAAGGGGGAACGUAGUGAAACUCGUGCUGUUGCAAGUGAGUCCAUGGCUCCACAGGAAAGAAACUUGAACAACAGAAACCAAAAUAAACAUUUUUAUCCUUCAUUACCCCAGUUACCUUCAGAGGAAGAAGAAAUAAACAAGCUUGAAAGCAAAAUAAUUAAACUGACAGAACAGGCAGUUUCAGAACUGGAAGGAAAGAGAACAGAAAAUGCAGCUGGGGAGCAGAACACAGUGGUUGGGGCAGAGCUUAAUGGUUCGUCGGAGGGAGAUUUCCCAUUCUCCAGCCCGGACACAUCCAACCCCACAGAUCCCUCAACUUCUGAGAGUGAGCCAACAGCUGAAACUGAGACCCUGAAGGACAGCGAUGAAACCUCAGAGAGUGACUGUGAGAUCACAAACCAAAGAGGGAAUCAGAACGGCAUCACCGUGGAUGCGGUGGGUGCUGAGGACCCCAGAAGGCACGGAGGUCUCAGCGUUACAACUGCACGCACACAUGGCAGCUUGGAGGAGCUCCCUGGAUCUGAGAACAUGAAACCGUCUGAUCAUGCUGAGAACUGUGAAUAUUUGGAUAACAGUUUGGCUUGAGGGAGUUACUUCACCAGACACUAAGAACCCAAAUUAAUGAUGCUCUGAAGAAACAUCAGAGGAGCCAGAAGUCUUUUUGCGAGGAACAGCAGUGCUGUUCCAAAGCAAGGAGAACAGCAGGAGGAGAACCAGUUAUGCCCCGCCAGCCUGCUUGGUGCUCUGGGUUACUGGAAUUGCAUCCCUCAGCCUCCAGGAGCUGCAACAGCCCUCAGACCGUAACGGGUGGUAGAUUCCAGCCUACUCCAUUUGUGCCUUCCUUUUUGAAAGAAUCUGUCUCUUAUUUUAUGUUUCGGAAAACAUAAAAAAUUUUCAUGUUUAUGUUUCCUCCUCAUUUCACCGCUCCUUGGUGUAGUAGGUUUGUUUGUGCUGUUACUGCUUCCUUAAACGUCUUCCCUUGUUGGUGUUCAGUCAUAGGAAAGCUUUCCUGUAACAACUGGAAGAGGGAGGCUGCUGUGUCAUUCCCCAGCUCGCUCCUGAAGCUGGAGCUGUGCCACUCUGCCCCUCGGAAGGCAGCAACAAGGGAAUGCUUAACGGUGAAGUUAGCAGCUGUUGGAGAAGGGGAGGCACGUCCUUCCUCUCCUGCUCGUAGCAUAAGGAAUCGUCUCUGCAGCUGUGGAGCUUCUAUGGGCCAGCAGCCGUCAAGGCAAUUUUUCUGCUGGCUUGGGAACUAAUUGUCUGUAAAUGUUCGUUUCUCACUCCUAGAACUUGAAACCAAUCAGAGAGAAUUAAAACAAAUUUAAUAAAAUACUACUAAUAAAAAGGAAAAUCCCUCCCAGAUUGAAUCCUCCUUUGACAAAUAACUGCCAGCUGCAAAUUUUUACAGCCCACUUGUCAGCCACUGAAUAAACAGAGUUUAUAUUAGCAAUACUGACAAACUCUUCUGUAUAUGGGAGCUGAGCUAGCAGGUGCUGCCGUAAUCAAGGUGUCAGAGUCCGUGAGCAGUUUGUAUUCAGCAGAAGAAGGGCUGUAUGUAAAUGAUUACGUAUAAAUAUAAGGAAUGAUAGUGGGAAGGUGAAAAAUGUGGCUUGUCGCUGUUCUCAUGUGUUUUCCUCGCCAGGUGCAUUCGUGUAACCCUUUCAGCGUCUGUCUGCAGGCAGUAAACCCAUAGUCAUGGUGCUCGUGGGAUGGGUUUCCUUCCUCUUUAAAGGUUCUUUGACACUGCAGCAUUUCACUGAUGCUAAGCAGCAGCCCUUAGGGAAAAAACAUCUGUAUAUUUAAGUGCGUUAGGAACAUGAAGCAGUAAAAAGUUUUUCUUUCAUUAUCCUGACAACAAUUUAAGUUCCUCAUAACCUGAAAACCGCAAAGAGUUUAAGCAUUUGAAAGAUUGUUGUGCUGUUGCCAUUAAUUGUAACUGACUGCACUAUUGGCUCAUUUAUAUGACAGUACUGACAAGUCGGAAGAGAAAUAGCUGCAGAAACUGAAAUCUCUGGGAGAAUGUGGCAGAUUUUUUUUCCCUGUAAUGCUUGAAUGUUACAUGAAGUAUCAUUUUAUUCAAGAUACGUUCUUCUCCAUCUUUCAGAGACUAAUCCUGCACAGAGCUAAAUAUCAAUGCAGUCAGAGCUGAUGCAAGCCAGUAAAAAGGGCAGGAUUUCAUGUAGCCGAGCUCUGAAAUGUUCAGGUGAAACGUUCAGGGUGUUUUACGGCCGUUGUUUCCUUGUCCUAAAUCUUCCCUGACCCACAAAUGUGUGAGUUGGUGUUUGCUGUUGUUCCCUCAACAGCCAGUUAAUGGUAUUAAUUAGUGAAGAGCUUGGUGCAGAAACUGGAGCAGGUGGAAGCACUGCUGGACCAACGGUUGCUGUUCAGUGCCUCACUCGCUGAUUCUUUGUGGUGUGUUUUUUCCUGUGAGAAGAAAACGGAGAUGUACAACCCAUAUCAACAGGGUCAUCGGGGUAACUCUCCUUCAAUGCAAUGUUUGUGUCUUUCAUAGAAUCACAGAACGGCUCGGGUUGGAAGGGACCUUAAAGAUCAACUCCAACCCCCCUGCCAUAGGCAGGGACACCACCCACUAGAUCAGGUUGCUCAGGGCCUCAUCCAGCCUGGCCUUGAAUACCUCCAGGGAUGGGACAGCCUGUUCCAGUGCCUCUCCACCCUCUGUGAAGAAUUUCCUCCUAAUUCCUGGUCUUUGCAACCAUUAAAUUCAUGGAAGGUACCUAGAUCUCUGGAAAUCUCGUUUAGAGUGCUAUAUUCGUACUGCGAUGUUGGUCCCGUCCGUUCUGCCCGAGUUAAUGCGUAUUCUAGCUGCAGUUUUAGCCUUCUCUCAGGAACACAAGAUUUCAGCUCCAGGAUGCUUGUAGAAGUCAGACUGCAGUACGUGAUAGCUAAUUUAAUAGUCGUGUCAGCGUCUUUCUUGGAUGUUGUUUAAAUUUAUAUUGUUGUGUUAUUAGGACUGUGAUUUUUUGGGUAAAUUCAUUCAUGUUUUGUUGUGGAGUCAACACUACUUCAUUGGGUUUCUUUUAGACUCAUGUUCCCUUUUUCUAGGACUUCAGGAAUGGGGAAAUUACAUCCUGCUGUAAGCUCUUCUGCUGCUGGGCUCUGGGGAAGCAAACUGGGAAGCGGAAUGCUGUGGCAAGGGGAUGGAUGAGAUGCGUUGCAUAAAUUGAUUUUAAGCACAUUGUCUCACCUAAGAGCAAAUCCAUGCGUUAUCUGUGAGAAGGAUUUCAUUUGAAAGUACUGCGCUGCGGUUAUUUGAAAAACGACGUUCAGUGAAUUUGUAAAAUAAUUGUGUGAGAAUGACAGCUGAAGAAGCGUCUUUUAGAAUGUUGUGUCUUUUCUAAGUGAGACUAUUUUUAAGCAUAUGGUAAUUUGUAUAAUAAAGACAGUGGAAUUUCUUUAAUCCAUAUGAGCUCAGGAAUGUAUUUCAAAAUCUUAACCGAGAUUAAGUUGAAAGUCUGCUGCGUUUCUAAAAGAUAGGAUUUUGCUUACCAGCCUCGGUUUUGUAGUUUUACUUUUUAAAUGAUGCGGUUUAAUUUAUUUGCAAACCUUUCUUUUGUUGCUGCCUGGAUUAACUGCGCAACAUAGUUCAACUAUAUUAAUAUAUUUUGUCAUCUUUAAUAAAACCAUACAUUUCCUGAUACGCUUCUUCUACCUGCUUAUUUCCUUUGCUCAGUAUCAGAUGAAUGAUAGUCAUGAGUUAGUGCUGUAGUAUUUCCAGAGUUGUGUUAAAACAGAAAAAUAAAGCUUUAUAGAGCGAGA